ACCCGUGUACAGUAGAGGCCGAGACAAGCGCAAUCUAUGGCGCUCGACAAUCUCUGAGUUAUGUUCCCCACAGGCCACAACUCUCUCUCUCUCUCUCUCUCUCUCUCUCUCUCUCUCUCUCGCUUUUAGUAUAGUAUUAUUAAUUAUUAUAUUAUUGACCAUCCGUAGUCGAAUCAUUCAUCUCACUCCUAAGCCUCAGUGUCAAGCUGUAGCUCUCUUAUAUAUAUAUAUAUAUUCUUUUCCCAACCACUUCGAGUACUUGCUUAAGCCACCCCCCUUAUAAGUACACAUGAGUGUGGGCUUUGGGGUUCAUAACACGAUCGCAAUCGAAUUGAACCCUCGCGCAGCAGCAGACCCUUUUCCGAUCCUCUACUCUUCCUCCUUUUCAGUUAACAACGCUAGCCAGCUACUUUUCUGCAUGUUUGGGAUCCAGUGCGAGCCUGAGAACAUGAUAAGUAGUAGUAGUAGCCCGAAGCUUAAGCUGUUCGGCUUCCAUGUGUCCGAAGAGGAGGAGGCGCCGCCAACGCCGACGGAGAACGGGCUGCAGGGCUCCGACUCCUCCUCCGGCUCCACCACCACGACGGCCACGCCCCCAGCUGCCGGCGGAGACGGCAGGAAGUACGAGUGCCAGUACUGCUGCCGCGAGUUCGCCAACUCGCAGGCGCUGGGCGGCCACCAGAACGCCCACAAGAAGGAGCGCCAGCAGCUCAAGCGCGCCCAGCUGCACGCCUCCUCCUCCUCCUCCUCCCCCUCCUCCGCCGGCCUGCGCUCGCCCUUCGCUACUCCGCUCUACCCGACGCGAGCUAAUAAUUACAAUCCCAUGGCCUCCGCCUUCGCCCCACCCCCGCACCUCCUCCUCCACGACGCGCCAGGGCCGGCAGCCAGCUGGGUCUACUUCUCCCGCGCUGCCGCCGCGCCGCCGCCGGUGCAGAACUUCCACGUCUCGCACGGCUCCGUCUUCCCUCCUCCUCCGCCCUUCUCCUACUCAGCCGCCGCCCACGGCCCGGCAGUCUCGCUCCCCCGCUUCUCGCCGGUGCCGGGCCCGAGUGAAGCCGGCGCCGACUCCGACGACGCCUUCGGGCUGGACCUCCAGCUCAGUCUCGCCCCGGCCCGCUCCUGAGCCCCGGUUCAACCCAAACCCCGAACACAUCACCAACCAUAUUAUAUAACUCCGUGUCUCAUAACCCAUGUAAAAUUUCCCCCACCCCCGUUAUUUUUAUUUUUAUUUUUCUUUCUCGGUCUUAUGUUUCUUCCACUAAGGAAUGGCAACGUUUCCGGCUUACUUCUCCAAUUUCCGUCA